AUGACGGAAAGCAAAAUGGACAGCCAACGACAAAACACAUCCAUUCUUUAUGGCAGCCCAGACCAGAAAACCUUUAUACUCGACAUCCCAGCUUCCAUAGAGCUUGCUCAAUUAUUAUCGGGUGCUCACGCUCCUUCAAUAGAACGAAAGUUGUACUCAACUACUGUGAAAGACCCGUAUCCAUCUCCGCCAGAACCAAAGACGGAUGCUGCGCGCGCUCGCGUGUUGGCCAGGAUUCCAGAUUCGGAGAGAGUGUUUUUAGAAGCCAUUGACAGCUUCGUGAAACCGGCAUAUGAGAAGAUUCGGAAAGAGUGUGGCUUGUCUAGCAACUGGUGCUAUCAUAGGUAUAUUCCACCUGAAGAAGAGAUAGCAGAAGAGGCGUCUAGGGAAAAGAGAAAACUUGAACCGGACGUACAGGACCCGGCCCCUGUCAGUAACAUGGGCCCACCGAUCAUACUAUCAACAUCGAGUGUGAAUGAAUUUUCCAGUCUCUCUGGCUUGCAGGGCGUGGAAAUCAGAAAUCCAGCUCUGCAAACAGCAAACAUACGAGUUAAAAAUGCCUCUGUGGAUGAUUUCCAUACGGAAGAAUACACUAUCCCGCCAAAGGCAUCCUUUGUCCUCGGCACUUUAUCAACCCCUUCCAGCCAACAAAUAAACAAAAUCUCCGUCAUACCCAACCUUGCCGAGACAACAAAGUUCAAUCUCAUACUACUCGACCCACCCUGGCCAAAUCGAUCUGUCCGACGAUCUUCACAAUAUCACACUCACACAUACUUGGAAAUGGAUAGUCUCGUGGCCAUUAUGCAAGACAUUUUCCUCGCCCAUCUGGACCGCGAAAACGACAAAAAAGCGAUUGUGGGAAUAUGGACUACCAAUAGCGCAAAAUCACAUCAAGCCGCCUACUCUGCUCUAGACUCUGCAAAUCUGCAAGUAACUGAAGAGUGGAUAUGGCUUAAAGUGACUGAAAAUGGGGAGCCUGUUGUACCACUGGAUGGAUUAUGGAGGAAACCAUACGAAGUACUUCUUAUUGGGACACCAAAGACGGAAACUGAAUUGAAAGGUAGAAAACCGCUGAAACGACUCCUUGUAGCUGUGCCCGAUAUGCAUUCGAGGAAACCAAACUUGAAAGAAUUAUUCGAGAUGUUGUAUUUUCCGACGGAUGACGGCACACAAACGUACACAGCUCUUGAAGUUUUUGCUCGAAACCUAACUAGUGGAUGGUAUUCGUGUGGAAAUGAUGUACUUCGAUUUAAUGCCGAUCAAUGGUGGUCAGAACCUUGA